AUGUGUAUGUUUCAUCACACGUAGUGACAAUUAUCACUCUGUGCUCUGGAAUCCAACCUUGAACCGAGAAAACUACAAGUCCCAAAAUUCCACACCUAUUUUGUGGAACGUUCAUGCGCAGCACGUUGUGCAUGUGGACAUGCUGUGAAUUAUUGAAGCGCGUUCAGUUGACCCAUUCUGCAGGUGUUUUGCAAAGUGAAGUACCGUUAGCAUUUAUCUCACUUUCUGAAGACGCUACUCAAAGUCAUGGGUGAACCAGUGUCUGAAAUGUGUGAUCACCUCAUCAAAGCUGUUAACGUGAUGAUGGACGCGGAAUCUAGUCAAAUAUAUCGUCUGGAGGCCCUAAAGUUUUGUGAGGAAUUCAAAGAGAAGUGUCCAUUCUGUGUUCCAUGUGGGCUACAGUUAGCAGAUAAAGCCCAAACAGCAGUGGUGAGGCACUUUGGUCUACAGAUACUGGAGCACGUCAUCAAGUUCAGAUGGAACAACAUGCCACAGCAGGAGAAAGUCCAGCUGAAGAACUGUGCCAUGGGGCUGUUGUCAUCUGGCACAUAUCCUAUCCUGGAGGAGGAGAGUCACAUCAAGGACGUUCUUGCACGGAUCAUAGUGGAGAUGAUCAAGAGAGAAUGGCCUCAGCACUGGCCUGACAUGCUCAAGGAGAUGGAGACACUGACCAGCAUAGGGGAGGCCCAGACUGAGCUGGUGAUGAUGAUCCUGCUGCGGCUGGCGGAGGACGUGAUCACCUUCCAGACGCUGCCCGCCCAGCGCCGCAGGGACAUCCAGCAGACCCUCACCCAGAACAUGGAGAGCAUCUUUAGCUUCCUGCUCACCAUCCUGCAGCUCCACGUCGACGAGUACCGCAAACUGAAAAAAAUACCAGGCCAAGAAUUGCAGGCCAAGGCCCACUGUCGUGUAGGUGUGGCUGCUCUGAGCACCCUGGCAGGCUACAUAGACUGGGUGGCCCUGGCCCACCUCACCAAUGACAACUGUCGCCUGCUGGAAAUGCUAUGUCUGCUGCUCAGUGAGACAGAGCUGCAGCUGGAGGCUGCCGAGUGCCUGCUCAUCGCCAUCAGCCGCAAGGGGAAGCUGGAUGACAGGAAACCGCUCAUGGUGCUGUUUGAUGAUGUCGCCAUGCACUACAUCCUGUCUGCAGCACAGUCUGCAGAUGGAGCUGCAACAUACAACACAUCCUCUCCGACACAGCCAGUGGUGGAGAGACACUACAUCUUCCUGAAGAGGCUUUGUCAGGUCCUGUGUUCCCUUGGCAGCCAACUCUGCUUCUUAGUGGGUUCAGGUGUGGAGGUAGAUGUACCUGCAAACCUCAGCAAGUACACAGAAGCAUUCCUGGCCUUCACCACUCACCCAAGCCAGUUCCUAAGAUCUUCCACCCAGAUCACAUGGGGAACCCUGUUCAGACAUGAGAUUCUCUCCAAGGAUCCUGUCAUCAUCCAGAUGAUGAUCAAGUACUUCAGAGCCACCAUGACCAACCUAGUCAAGACUGGUUUCCCUUCCAGGAACGACAGUCCCAGCUGUGAGUACUCCCGUCAUGACUUCGACAGUGAUGAAGACUUCAACUCCUUCUUCAACUCGUUCCGAGCGCAGCAGGGGGAGGCGGUCCGGAACGCCUGCCGUGUCGUUCCCUUGGAGGGCUUCCAGAUUGCAGCAGAGUGGCUGCAGUAUCAGAUCAGUACACCCAUUGACAUCGGGACCACUGGGUCUAAGAUGGCAGAGGGGCUGUGCUCUAUCCUGUCUCCGUCAGCGGUCCAGUGGGAUGCUAUGACCUUCUUCACAGAGAGUGUUGUGGGACAGAUCUUCAAGAACGUGGAGGUUGAGAAGUUGCCAAUAGAUCAGGGCAUUGAGCUGCUACAGGCAGUGUUGAACUACAACACCCAAGACCCUCUCAUCCUGUCCUGUGUCCUCACCAACCUCUCCUCCCUCUUCCCCUUCGUCACACACCGACCUCACUUCCUGCCUCAGGUCCUCUACAAGCUGUUUGCCUCCAUCACAUUUGAGGUGGUAGAGGAGAGCAAGGCGCCACGGACGCGUGCGGUGAAGAACGUCAGAAGACACGCCUGCUCCUCCAUCAUCAAGAUGUCUCGAGAUUACCCAUGGUUCAUUCUGCCAUGUUUUGACAUACUGUAUAAUCAGGUGAAGAAGCUAUUCUCCAACGAGGCACUGUUGACCCAGAUGGAGAAGUGUGCUCUGAUAGAGGCUCUGGUCCUCAUCAGUAACCAGUUCAAAGACUACACCAAGCAGAAGGCCUUCCUGGAGGAGCUCAUGGCCACCGUGGCUGCUCGUUGGACCUCAGACGAGAUGAGGCAGGUACUGUUGGAACCUGCUCUGUUCCUGGCUUUCGUUGGUGCUGAUCAGCUGAUGGCUGAAGGCACAGACCACACAACAGGCAUCAACAGGUCACGGUUGAGUUUCUGUGUUUACACCAUCCUGGGGGUGGUGAAGAGAGCGCGCUGGCCGGCUGACCUGGAGGAGGCUAAGGCGGGGGGCUUCGUGACGGGCUACACCCCUUCUGGAGCCCCAAUCUACAGAAACCCCUGCACCCCCCAGGUCCUGGCCCUGCUGCCCAACCUGCUCGCCCUCAUCAGAACCCACAACAAUCUGUUCCUGCCGGAGAACAUGUGUCGUCUGAGUGAGACGUUCUCCAGAGCCUACGAGGUGAUUGAGGUGGAGAGGAAGGUGGUUCUAGGCCUUACACAGCCAGUCCUGGACAUCUAUGACUCUCCAGUGUACAAGACUCAUCUGGAGCGCAUGCAGGGUUUCUUCUGUACCCUCUAUGACAACUGUUACCAUAUCCUGGGGAAUGCAGGCCUGUCAUUGCAUCAGGACUUCUACACCAUCGAGGGAUUGGCUGAACAGAUUGUUGGCUCUGCCUUAAUCUCCCUCGACAACGUGCCUGACCACAGACUCCGCCCCAUGCUCCGGGUGUUCCUGAAGCAGCUGGUGCUGUCGUGUCCUCAGGAGUACUACGACAGUCUGCUCUGCCCCCUACUGGGCCCUCUGUUCGCCUACAUGCUUCAGAGACUCAACCUCAGGUGGCAGAUCAUCAACCAGCGGAGUACUGUCAGUCUGGAGGAUGACGAGGACGAGGCGUGUGAGGAGAACCAAGUCACCCAGGAGAUGCUGGAGGAACAGCUGGUUCGUCUGGUCACCAGAGAGGUUCUGGACCUGCUCACUCACGCCUGCAUAUUGAAAAAAGUUCCUGAGCCAGCAGGGAAUAAGGAGGAUGUGGAUGAGGAUGAGAUGAUGUCCACUGAGUCCCAGGCAGUCACAGCCUCUCCGGCCCAGCCAACAGGCGAAAUGACUGAGCUGGGGAAGUGUCUACUCAAACAUGAGGACAUCUAUAUGACCUUGUUGACCAUCUCGUUCACCUCUCUGUCCUGGAAGGACACCAGCAACUGUCACCGCACUGCCUCCAUGGUGUGCUGGACCCUGCUGCGACAGGUCGUAGGGGGGAACCUUCUACCAGAGGCGGUCACUUGGUUCUAUGCCAGUGUUCUGAAAGGACUGCAGAUGCACGGGCAGCACGAGGUCUGUAACUCAGCCCUCACACAACUGGCCCUGAUUAUAUAUGACAACCUGCGGCCACGAUACAUGGAGCUAAGGAGUGUGAUGACUCAGAUCCCCAGCAUCAAUCUGGAGGCUCUGGACCAGUAUGACCAGCGGCUGCUGGAGCCCAGCUCUGCCCAGAAGGUGGGAGAGAAGAAGAGGAAGGACCAGUUCAAGAAGCUCAUUGCCGGCACUGUGGGGAAAGAUCUGGGCCAGCAGUUUAAAAAGGAGGUACAUAUCAGAAAUCUCCCAUCUCUCUUUAAGAAGCCCAAGCUGGAGAAAAGGGACAUUGUCGAGCCCAGUGAGACUGGAUCUCUAGCAGCUCUCUUCUCCGAGGAACUCCAGACUGACCUGAUGCCCUUACAGGAGAAGCUGAAGAGCCAGGCCCAGCACACAGAGAAGCAGAUUAAGGAGUUUGAGAAACCAGUUUCUACAAGAGGAAGAGGAGCCAGGAUAGCUGUUCUGAAAGAGGAAGAGAAGCAGAAGAGUCAGAAUAUGAAGGAGAAGAUUGAGCAGAUGAACAGAGAGAUAUCACUUUCAGACACAAUCAGAGCCAUAGAGGGGGAGCUGAAAGAUGAAGACAUCUCAUUCCUGCAGAACUUCAAGACCAUGAAGGAAAGAGCCCAGUGCACAAUGCCAGAUCCACAGCUGGUGUCAGGGGGGCUGAAAGACGUGGCCAAACACCUGGGAAACCUGAAGUUCAGAGUCUGGGAGAAGAUGAAGGAGAUCAUCAAACACACUCCUGUGAUUCUGGAUCCCAACACUGCAUCCUCCUGGCUCUGUCUGUCUGAUGAUCUGACCAGUGUGAGUUGUAAUGACCCAGAGCAGCGGCUCCCUGACAACCCAGAGAGAUUUAUGAAGUAUCAACAUGUUCUGGGCUCUAAGGGGUUCAGCUCAGGUAAACGCAGCUGGGAGGUGGAGGUGGGGGAUCAUCCUAUCUGGAACCUGGGCGUGCCUAAAGAGUCAACUGACAGGAAGGGGGAGGUGUAUAUUUUACCAGAGUAUGGAAUCUGGGCUCUACUGCAGAGGAGUGGUAAGUAUAGUAAUGGAAAGGGAGAGACCCUCCUCCUGAAGAAGAAACCCCAGAGGAUCAGAGUUCAGCUGGACUACGACCAGGGGGAGGUGUCCUUCUACGACUCCAAAGACAUGACACUCAAAGACACAUUCACUGAGACUCUACCCGUACUUCACUUUUGGAUCAGCUGGUGA